AUGGCGACGUCGCGAAUCACGCGCGACCUGAUGGCGGUGACGGCGGACAGGGCGCGCGAGGAGGGCGAGGACGCGGGCAAAAGCGGCGACGGGGGAGGGGGGGCGGCAGGAGGGCGGACGUGCCUGGUGCAGGGGUACCUGCUGAAGCGGUCAGAAACGCUGCACCUGUGGAACCAGCGCUGGUUCGUGCUGGACUCCACCACCGCGCGCAUGGAGUACCGCAUGCAGCGCAGCGACGUGUACCCACGCGGGCACAUCUUGUUCGACGCCGACAGCACCAUCACCGUCUCGCCCCUCAACUUCCAUGGAGCUAAGCAAUACGACGGUUGCUGCUUCUACGUGGGCACGGCGGGCAAGAAGGAGUACUUCCUGUGCGCGGAGACGCCAGAAGCCGCCAGGGCGUGGGUCGUCACCAUCAGGGCGGCAGCGCAGGUGUUGAGAGCGCACCGAGCGGCCGUCAGUCUGCUGGGAUCCGCCUCCGGUCCUGCUGUCUCCGGUGCAGUGGCAGCAGCAACAUCAGCAGCGGUGGAGGCGGCGGGGCAGGCGCAGAGGAGCGUGGCGGUGGCGAAUGAGAGGGCGCUGCAGCACGGCGCUGCCACCGCCUUCUUCUCCCUGGGGGGCGCCACCCCCCUGCAAGCCGCCGCUCUCACCCCCACCAGCAUCGCUGCUGCCGCCGCCGCCACCACCACUGCUGCUGCUGCUGGCGCGGGCGCCACUGGGAGUGCGCAUGCGGCCGUGGGGAAUGGGCGUGCGGGUGCUGGUGGGGGGGGGGGCAGUGCAGUGGCGGCCUCAGGGGACAGCGUGCACCUGCUCAAGGAGACGCUGCGAGUGAAGGACGAGGAGAUCCAUGCGCUAGCGCUGGCGCUGCGCGAGCGCGACUCCGCCAUCGCUCACCUCACGCGCCGCCUCGAAGACGCCGCCGCCGCCGCUGAUGCUGCGGCGGCAGCAGCGGCGCAGGCAGCGAGGGAGCGGGACGAGGUGCGCGCGGCUGCAGGCAAGCUGUGCGACGACCUGGAGGCGCGGUUCGAGCGGUCGGAGCAGCAGCAGGCGGGCAGCAAGGCGGGGCGGGUGGCAGCAGAGCAGGAGGCGGAGCGGGCGCGGGCGCAGGUGGCACAGCUGCAGGUGGCUCUGGUGGAGGCGAAGGCAAGGGCCGAUAGGGAAGAGGCGGGCAGGCGUGCCGCGGAGGGGGGGAUGCUGCGAUGGAAGGCAGAGGCGGAGAGGUUCGUGACUGCAGGGCUCGCAUCACUCACACCCUCGUGUCUAUCCACCACCGCUACUGCCAUUGCAGCAGGCACGCCAGCAGGCAGAGAGCCUUUAUCUAGUUUCACACCUUCCACUUCCACAUCCCUGCCUGCCCCUCCUGUUCGUCCAACCACCCUGCCGCCUGCUGAUCCUCCUCUCACAUCCCCCAUCCCUAUGCUCUCGCUCUCGCCAUCACCGCCCUCCCUGCCACCUCAGCAGCAGCAGGAGGAGGAGGAGGAGGAGGAGGAGGAGGAGGAGGAGGAGGAGGAGGAGGAGGAGGAGGAGGAGGAGGAGGAGGAGGAGGAGGAGGAGGAGGAGGAGGAGGAGGAGGAGGAGGAGGAGGAGGGGCCUUGUCUAAUGCUCCAGCAACAGGUGAUGGAAAUUCUGAUGCUAACACUGCUACACUUGCGGCUACUCCUGUUGGCGAGGCAAGUGCAGCAGAUGCUGCCGCAAAGGCAUCCGCGCAUGUGA